GGGGGUUCCAUUAGUUGUGCAUUCUGUAUUUCAACUUCCGUUACUUAUCUUAGCCCCCCUUCUCUGAAGAACCCUGGAAUCUCUCGUUUGCUGUCUAUAAUCUCUCUCUUUGGAUUGAAUUAGGUGUGAGGUAGAAAGAAUGUCAAUUCGCUUCAAAUUCAGGAGCUGUCAAAACUUCGAUUCUGUUGAUAUAGAUGGCCGGUCCUCUAUCUCGCUGCGAGAGCUGAGGUUGAAGAUCGCCCACCAAAAACAUCUCGACACUUGUCAGGACUUUGAUCUCAUUUUCUCCGAUGAACUCUCUGGCGAAGAGUAUAAAGACGAAAAUUUUCAGAUUGCGAGUGGGUCAAGUGUGAUUGUCAAGAGAGUUCCUGCUCGAACGAUGCAUUCAGCUGCUAAGUUUCAGUGUCAAAAGCGUGAUCCAAGCGGCUUAAAUCAGGUUAUACAAAGAGGUUCUAAUCAUAGCAAGAUCCCAACUAAGUUACCUGAACCAAAAACUCCUGAUGCGCCGGCAUUGCAUAAGGUGAUAAGCUCCGACUUUCCAGCUGUUCCCAAUAUUGAUUUGCCUGUAGAGUUGAAAUGCCCUCUCUGCAAUACCGUCUUUAAGGAUGCUGUGAUGAUACCUUGCUGCCACCACAGUUUUUGUGAGAAAUGCAUUUGUCUGUCUCUUCAAGAAAACGCAAUGUGCCCAAAAUGCCUUUGUAGCAGAUGUAGAGUGGAAGAUCUUCUACCAAAUUUAUCUCUCAGGAAAACAAUUGAGCAUUUUCUUGAAUCCCAGAUAGAUACCUCUUUGUCAGAAAGUGAUUUACGCAAAUAUGCUCCAGAUGGUGAAUCUGGCAUUCAGGUGAAAGAUAUUUCUUGUGCUGUAACAGUUGUGCAACGGGAAAUGGAGAUGCCUCAUUCACCCUCAGCUACUGGAAAAGGAUCCAAUCAAGUUAUGGCAGAAUCUCUUUAUGACCCAUAUAUUAGGAGAAAAUCAUUGUCAAGGACAAUGCAACAAAUGGAUGGAGGAAGAGAUGGAUCUACUAAUCAUUGGAAUUUUCCAAGUGUACCUGAUUACCCUGAAGAUUGUCCGGGUGAAAGCAAGCCUCUUAAGUUGCUUCAUUCCCAUUUUCAAAAUGAAGUCGAUUCUUCCAUCAAGAAGAAUAAAGGUCUGUGGUGUGACACAAGAGGUGGCGCCAUGAAUUUUCUGCCUGCUGGAAGAGUUAUAAAGGACCGUAAUUGUUACAUGUGUGGUUCUCCUGACCAUCUCAUCAGAGACUGCGCUUUUGCUUCCGAUCCAAAUCCAAUGCUUCGGACAGGAAACGCCAUGCUUUCGGGAGGAUUUCCAAGCUAUCCAUCACCUUAUUGGAAUAGCAAUACAUACUCCACACUAAGGCCAUUUGCAAAUGUUUAUGGUAAUGGUGGAAAUUCUCCAUUUAGUGCUUGUAUGGUUCCUCCAACACUUUUUACUACUCCUUAUAUGCGAUCUAUGCACGCUGGCAUGCCUUUACAUGGAGGAAUCAUGAGAAUGGGUGGUAUGUCACUUCCAUCUGGAAACAGAGAUGAUCUCCCAUUGAACCAAUAUGAGUAUAUGGGUCUCCAGCUUGCUGAAGAUAAAAGGAGAAUGCAGAAUGAAAAAUUGGGAAGAGGGCAAAAUUGCCAACCCGAGACCACCUUUAAAGAGCAUUACCCAAAAAAUGACCGAGAAGCAACCGGAAAGUUACAAAAGGAGAGAGAACUGUACAGUUCUGAUGAUAGCUUUGUUCGAAAAAGACACAGAAAGCACCUCCAUGUUGAGAAAAGAAGGGAGAAAAGCCGCCAUUCCUCAUCUGGUAGUAGAGAUAAGGUGUCUCGGCACUCUGAGAAGUCUAAUGAUGGGUUUCCUAGUAGUUCUGAUAGGCGUAGGAGAGAAAGUCAUCAACACCAUAGUCGGGACUCAAGAAAGCGCCAUGAAUGUGAUUCUACUUUGGAUCACUAUCAAGUUUCUGAUCGUAAACAUGGAGUUGAUUGUCAUGUAAGAGGCUCUCAUCAGAAACAUCACCCAAGUUCUGCACUAGAACUUAGUUCACCUGUGCAUCAGAAAGCACGAUUCAAAGAGAGGGGUUUUGGGCAUGAUGCAAAGCACUCCAGGCACCAUGCAAGACACUCCACUGAUGAGGUACGUGGCAACAGGAAAAGGAUGAGCAGCGGCUCUUAUGAAGAUUGUAGAGAUGGUUAUUAUCUCAAGCGAAAAAGAGUUCAUUGAGAGUAAUGUUGGUAAACUUGUAAAUGGAAUUGCACAUACAUCAAUGUAGGUGAUCAAUCAGGCUCCUGUUUCCUUUUGAAUAGAUAUGUAGAGUGGUUGGCCUUUGGACAGUAACAUCAUGAUUAACCUUUGUUCAUUUCCGUAACUAUACUCCUCUUCACUUCUUUAGUGUGAGGUCUGGAUGCUAGACAAAGGUUUUAACCAGAAGCCAUCUGGUUACAGAUGUAUUUUGGAUCAUUUUAUAUGCUGCCCAACUAUCGUUGUGGACAAAGGUAUGUAAGCUGAUUUGAGGUACCACUAAUGGCGGAAUCAAUAAUAACAAUAGGGGUGAAUUGUCAUGGUGAAUGGAUCGAGAAGAACAAUCGAUAUAUUUGGCAUUGGAAAGAGGGUGAAAUGUUAGAGACGAUAGCAAUGACAGUUCGAAGUGAUGUUUUGUAUGGUGAAUGGACUAAUUUGUCAAUCGAAAGAACUUGUUAUCAGCUUCAUGCAAAACUCCUUUGAAAAUCAGAGAGUACGACCUUUCAAGAUAAUCGAUCAGGUUCGGUUGCGUGCUUAUCUGAGUAAUUAAUCUAGGCUGAUGUUAAGGGUGUGCGUGGUUGAAAAAUCGAUAGAGAAUGAGAAUCAGACUGUAAAAAACGAACAACAAGAUAUGUUUGAUGAUUAAUUGGAUGAUUUGGACAUGAAUAGUUUAGAUGAUGAUCAAACACCUACACCCAUUAUUGCAAGCAAUACAGUGGACAGUUCUUCUCAAUCAAGACAGUUGGACAAUCUUCAAGAUGACUAGACUGGUUUUUACAAGGGAAUGACAUUCAAGAAUAAGGAUGAACUAGCUACUUCUUUGUAUAUUGCUGGUUUGAAUUUUUUUUUGACUAAAUAAAGUGAUUAGUUCGGGAAAUGUUUAUUGUUUUAGUUGUGCUCAUCUGGACUGUAAAUAGUGGUUGAGGGCUAUGAAAUACUUAAGUUCUGACAGAUUCGUCAUUAGAGUUUAUGAAAAGUAUCACAUGUGGUUCAGAGCA